CUGGCGGUCAUUCAAAGAGCGGACGGACCCAGGUUUCCCCGUGGACUGCGGUCCUCAGCUGGUGCCUCGAGGAUUCCAAACUGUUGGAAGUUGGGAUAGAUUCCAACCUAGGCUUUGGGAGGAUCAAGAGAGCCCUGCUCUAAGCAAUGGAGAAGGGCUCCCUCAAAAGCAAAAAUGAAGAAGGAUACAGCUCCAAGGCCAAGGCGUCUGUAAGCAGCUUGAACCAAGUGAUUCAGACCAAACUCACUGUGGGCAACCUGGGAUUGGGCCUGGUCAUCAUCCAGAAUGGGCCCUACCUCCAGAUUAGCCACCUCAUCAAUAAAGGGGCUGCAGCCAGUGACGGGAUCCUCCAGCCAGGUGAUGUUCUGAUUAGUGUUGGACAUGCCAAUGUGUUAGGAUAUACCCUCCGUGAAUUUUUAAAGCUUUUGCAAAAUAUCACCAUAGGAACAGUGCUACAAAUCAAGGUUUACCGAGGCUUUCUUGAAAUUCCCCAGGAAUGGCAAGACGUGUAUGAUUUGAUCCCCGAGACCAAAUUUCCAAUCCCACAAACACCAAAGGAAACGGAGCAGGCAAAAGAGUCUUUUGUAAGGGAUGGCCAUGAAGAUGCAGUUUUAGAUAAAAAACUGAAGUAUUACAGGUACCCCCGGUCAGUCUGGAAUCACCCUGUAAGGACACCGAUAUCCAUCUCCACAGAAUGGCAUGGGUAUAAAAAGAAGGACCACACGAUUAGUGUUGGCCAAGACAUUAACUCUGACGUAGUAAUUCACAAGGAUGACAAAGAACUGAGGGCCCCUUCUCCAUACUGGGCAAUGGUGGAGCAAGACAAAGCCAUCUCUUCCUCCUCCUCCACUCCAGCAUCUUCCAUCUCAGAUGCCUUUUGGCUGGAGGAUUAUGCCCAGGUUGAGGAGGGCAAAGGUAAACAGUUAUCAACGUUUGGUUAGGUAUUGGUUUACGAAUUUGUGGCCAUAGAACUUUUUAUUUUUAAACAUCCAAUUUUUAUGCCUUACCAUGGUGCUGAUUUGUAGAUUUCCUGCAUGACUUACCAGCUUUCCUAUAACUACAGAAACGUCUUCUUCCAUUACCAGCUCAGGAUUUCCCUGUGAUCUAACAGGCUCUCCAGACCUGUUCUCAGAGUCUUAUCAUCAUUUGCUCAGAUUUUACAACGUCACUAGAGGAACCUGCCCAAUCAUCAGAAUGGCUGAAUACUUGUAAGGUAUAGUUUUCCUUGAGGUCUUGGACUGGUUGUUUACAUUACAACCCCUGCCCUCACCUGCUCUCAGUGAUACCUUUACUUGGAAUAUCAGGACUGAAACAAGCAAGGAAGAGACAGGAGAGGGAGUCAGACACAAAUGAAGGAACCAGCUGAAAGGAUGUUCUUUAGAAAUGCAGUUUUACUAUAAACGGGGCAAAAUCCAGACCGUUCAAUUGUUAUUAUCCCCAAAUGAGCAAAUUUUAUAGUUGUUUUUAUUUUAAAGAGCCAUCAGUAAUAAUCUGGAAUUUUUACUUUUAAAGCUGCUUAGCCUCAAUUUUAACAGUUUCUGACAUUUCUUAACUGAUGUAAUUGGUAAACUCAAAAAUUACUCUUACUUUUCUAUUAUGUUUUCUUUAAAGCAUUUAAUAAAUACCCGUUGACUGCCUAGAAAGAACACAAGAAAGACAUUUACACACAAUGCUUUAUUAGCUCUGGGACUUCAUUGAGAAAAUGCUGAAUUAACAUUAAUUAGUAAUGAAGACACCUUCCUCUGAUGUGUUUGCUGGUCUGGGCUGAGACUUAAAUAUACAUAUGUGUUAUAACUCAUCAAGAAAAGGCGUAUGUCCCAAGUUUCCACUCGCUGCCAUUGACUUCUUGCCAGAAACAAAUGUUUUUGCAGCCUUAAAUAAAAAGCAAAGUUAAAUAUGUUAUCAUCAAAUAGAUAAACCAUAUAUUUUGAGUUUACAGACAAGACAUUCUAAGACAGCAGUUCUAUAAUACAGCCUCAUAAGCCAAUUAACUGUGAGAUAGUCAGUGCUUUAUUCUGAAUAUGAACAGUAUCACAUGUGCAACUAGGCAAACUGAAGCCUCCAGAUGAGGACAGUCCUGAAGAAAAAAACCACACGGACGUUCAAAACCAGGAAGAAUGGCCACCGCUAGGCUGCAUUUUACUUUGUAUUACAAUGGUAAAAGGCCUGGGUUAAACCAAAAUACUGUCAUCGUUAACAUAAAAGUAGAUUUUAUGU